AUGAUUAAAUUCUCUUGGAANAUCACUUAAGAAGGAUUUAAAGGAGGAAAAUGGAAACCAAUGGAUGCUGAAAUAACAGUAGUUGCUAAUGGAGUAACAAAGUCAGUUAAACCUAAAAAAUUGGAUAAAGGAUAGAAUGGUGAAUAAAUGUAUCAACUUAAAUUAAACUUCUUGGGUAAUAAAGUCACCAUUGGUUGUGAAGCCUAAAUGGGAGAAACAACAGCUGCUAGAAUUUUGUAAGAAGCAGCAGAUGAUCCUUCAGUUGUAGGAUCUACCUCUGUUUCAUGUAUUAAAGAGACUUCUUCUAGUACAUGUCCAACAGAAGAAUAAGUACUUACUUACAAUUCAGAGAAUUGUUCAGGAGUCUCAUGUGAUGAUGAUGAAAGUUCAAAUGCAAUGAUAUUCAAAGUUGUAAUUACAAUGUUAGGAUUAUUGAUAUUAUGA